AUGGUCAAGGUGUACGCGAUCUUGGUGUUGGUGUUGGUUGUUGGGGUUGGGGCGGUGAACAGUGACGAGGCGGCCGAGAUGGUGCGCACGUCUCGCUCAGCUCUCGACCGGUUCCGUCGGCUGCUCGAGCAGUUCCAUCCCCGACCUGGCCCAGCCUACGUGCGUCUACCGCGACCCCCGCCGGCGUUCGAUCCGAUCAUUGUCGCUGCUCCCCCGAACAGCAUCCCAGUGCCCAUUCCCAAAGUGACCGUGCCCAAGGUGAAUCAUCCCAACGUCAGGAAUCCCCUCCGCAAGGCCGGCAGUAGGAGCAUCCCACCCGACCACGGCAUCCUGCGCUCCUGCAUUGCAAGUACCCGAACUGAGUUGGGCUUCAUGUUCAUGGACACUUUGAUGGCAGGCAUUCGCAAAGUAAACUGCGGCAAAGCGCCCGGUGCGCUUUCCGCAUAUGCCUCAUUGUCAGGUACGAGCAUCGGUCGAUCAGAUCCACGGUCUUCUCCGCCGAAGAAGAAGUGCCCCCUAGAUCUCAAAACGGCAAAGGCGACCGUUCUGCCAGACGCCGAAGUCAUCUGGCGACCAGGCGCCGACGUCGGUAACGCGAUCUACGACCUCGCCGAAAGACUCGUGAACCGAGCUAGAAGCCACCCAGACGUCUUUGCCGCACCUCCUCGAGACGCUGUCGUUGCGUUCUUCAACUCCAUGGAGCGCCAGGGCCGUACGCGCGAAACGUGGGCGCAGGGAGAUCAACUGCAGCAGCAGCUUGAUGCUUGGGCUCAACGCACCGCUCGGCAGCUGGGCAUUCCCCGCAACCACAUCAACAUGCACUUCGCUUCUCUCGCCGCGUUUUCGCUCCUUUCGCUCGCCGCAGUCCAGGCCCAGACCUGGCCGGCCGGCCCCCCCACCACCACAGGCCUCCAGGAGAGCGAGGUGCUAGUGUCGAGCUUUUGCUCUGGUCGGCCCGAGGGCAAAGAAAUUGCUUACGCCUGCUUCAAGAUCAACGGUGACAUUCGCAAGCAUAUGUACAGUCCCAAGAACGUCAUCGGCUACUACAACAAGGCGGGUGACACGUUUGUGAUUCUGCAGCAGGCUGGUGAGCAGUCCUUCGCCACCGAGGUCGACCUAGUCACCAUCAACGCGCCCAUUAAACCUCGCUGCCUUGACGUGUUGGUCGAAUGGAGCACGCCUGUGGGCAAGGACAUUGCCAGGAUUGACUUUUCUAACCCGGACGCUUGCCCCGGCUCGGCUCCGAUUCCGCUCCGCAUUUCGUGA